AUGGUUUUAGAGGUACUUGAGAGUGCUUUGAAUUUGAAAUGUGCUAUUGGAAAUACUCACGGUAAGAGAUUGGAUAUUCUCGCGGGUUCCAAGGUGAUGAUAUUACAAGAACUUAAUGAACCUUUUCUGAAUAUGGCUGUUUCAAAAGCAGCGACUCUCCUCGGCGCGUAUGAUGUCAAUAUAGUUGAUAAUUUAGUCUGGGACCAGGAUUAUAUGGGCAGAGUAUUUUCAUUCAUGGCAGAUGCUAUAUUUGUUGCUACAAUGACACAUAUGUGUGUACAAAGAUUUGCGAAUCAAUCAACAGUGCCUGUAGUGUGUAUGAGAUCACGAACACAUGCUAGCAUUCAGUCCCUAGCUACUGUGAUGGCUAUAAUUAAGAAUCCAGUAUCUCCAUUACUGUACAAGGCAAGUGAAAAUAUGACUACCGAGUCACAUACUUCCCUGAAGGCUUGCAGUGAGAAAGAGGAAGUUUUAAAAGAUGCUACAGUCGUUAUAGCCGGGCCAUCUGAUGUUAAUAAAGAUAUUGUAAAGCAGAAAAAUCAUUGUAUUUUCUUUCACACUGGACCCAGAGGAAAAGAAGUUGAUGAUGAACUAUUUUUCCAUGAAAACUCAAAAACUUUUGUGGCCUUUGAGAAUUUCCAUUACAUUGCUGCAGCAUUGAUGGCCAAUGUUAUGAAGGAUUACAAAUUCUAA